CUAGGGACUGUGUCCGGAGGGUCGGACGGACACCACAGGGCUGGUGGAGGGCGGCCCCUGACGGCGAGGGGCCUGGAGGCCUCUGGCCCUGGCGACCCUGGCCCAAGCAGCUCUACCCACAGAGGAUGUUGGACUGUCCCAGAGGGUCCAGGCCCCCGGUGCGACAGGCUUUCCCGAAUUCUGAGCUAGGCCCGUCUGCCCUGAGCGAACCCCGCAAGAGCGGGCGGGCUUGGAGGCAGCAUUGGGCCAGCAUUGGGGGCCUGGGGUGUAGCCCUGAAGUCUGGCGGGGAGAGAGUGCCGGCACCAUGAGGUUUACAGGAACAAGACCCACGACUCUGUUCAGGCAGCCUUGGGUGUGGCACUUGACCCUAGUGAGCCUCGGUGUUCACAUCCAUAAAAUGGCGAUGGUAAUUAUACCGGCCUCACGGUGUCUAUGAGAUCGCCGGGGCCUGUUCAUCUCACGGGAAAACGAAGGCGUGAAACCAGGGGCCCUGCCAGUUAAAAGCGAUCCUGUGAUUUGGCCGAAGGGCGAGCUUGGCGAGGGUUGAGACGGAGAAUUGACUGGCUGGCUUUCGCUUUUAUUUGGGUCACGUGUAAGCUGGGUAGGGGCCACAAGCCUAAUGUGGGCGCUGAGGCUAGAGGUGGGCUCCGGACAGAGGAGGGUGCAGGUUUGGGCCGGGGGCAGAGGUGGGUUAAGUGCUUUCCUGAUCCCAGCUUGUCUGCCUGUGUGGGUGGGACCCGCAGGACUGGGAGUGAGUUCACCCGUGAGAGAGCAGGCGCAGCCGUGCGAGGCUGAGGAUGGCUGCUUCCUGUGAUUCCUCCCGGCUCAGCGAGCCAGGGGCUGGACGUGUUGGGUGGGUGCACACACUGCCGGCUCCUCUCGGGCCUUUUCAGAAGCCUGCCUUGGAACUGAAUUUUCAGGAGCAAACCGGCGUGGAGUCCGCGGCCUCUCCCUUCCUGCAGGCUCCCGGUGCUGGCGUGAGCCGCGGGCGCCCUCUCGUGCCCAGGGAGGAGCACUGUUGCCCUCGCCCGCCGCCUGUCUGGGGAAGUUGCAUUUUCUUGUGGCUUGUGACUUCUGUCGCCUUGCUCUUCACUUGAGAUGUGUGGGAGGAAUACUUGGAGCGGUGAUUUUAUAUCUGGAGUGAGUGAACUGGUGAUACUGUGUCCUGCCCGUGCCACUGGUUUGGAACACAGGAAGCCUGUGCGUGGGGGAGGCCGAGCCCUCACAGGCCACUUACAUAAACCCUGGCAAUACGGAGGUCGAGAUAGAGGGCAGCCAGGGCCUAGUAUGGAGGCUGGUGAGGACCAGGGAAGCACUGCCCAGGCAAGUAAUAGCCAAAGGUUCGGUGGGGAUUGGCCAGGUAAGAAGAGUUUUCCAGCCCUCUUGUUAAAUUUCCUACUUUAAUUUUCUUUUUAAAGAUUUAUUUGUUUGAAAGGCAGAGAGACGGAGAGACAAAGAGAGCUUCCACCCACUGGUUCACUCCCCAGAUGGCCUCAACUGCCGGGGCUGGGCCAGGAGGACGGAAGCCAGGGGGCUCCCACGUGGGUGGCAGGGUCCCGAGUAUUUGGACCAUCUUUCUCUGGUUUCCCAGGUGCAUUAGCUGGGAAGUGGAGCAGCCGGGCCUCCAGCAGGCGCUCACAGGAUGCUGGCAUCAGGCAGCAGCUUACCCCGCCACGCCACAGCGCCAGCCCCUGAAUAGUUCUAGGAAGUUACUCACCCCCUGUCAGUGGCUGCCUGUGGUGCUCUUGCCCUCCUUCCUCGCUUCCCAGGCCGGCGUUCCGAAUUCUGCAGGAACUGUUGCUGUUUCUUAAGGAGUUGUGUAGCAAUGUCCUAAAGGUCAUUCCUUGCCUCAGACUGGCUUUGCAGUUGUUGAUCGUUGCUGCCGUGGUGACGGAGAGGCGGGAAAGUUUGGGAGGCCGAGGGAGCUCAGUGCCGGUGGUAGCCACACUCCUGGAUUCCUGGUGGUUACAGGAUGUGGCCCCUGGACCCGGCCCGGAGAGAGGUGCUGCGGUUUGCGGUCAGCUGCCGUGUUCUGACUCUGGUGCUGCAGGCUCUCUUCAAUGCCAUCAUCCCAGAUCACCACGCCGAAGCGUUCGCUCCUCCUCGCCUGGCCCCCUCGGGCUGCGUGGACCGGCUUGUGGAAGGUCUUCUGGGCGGCCUGUCCCGCUGGGAUGCCGAGCACUUCCUGUUCAUUGCCGAGCACGGCUACCUCUAUGAGCACAACUUCGCCUUCUUCCCUGGCUUCCCCUGGGCCCUGCUGGUGGGGACGGAGGUGCUGAGACCCCUGCGGGGAUUCCUGAGCCUGCGCAGCUGCCUGCUGAUUUCAGCAGCACUGCUCAAUUCGCUGUUCUCUGUGCUGGCCGCAGCCGCGCUCCAUGACCUGGGCCGUCUGGUGCUGCACUGCCCGCGCCAGGCCUUGGAUGCAGCGCUGCUCUUUUGCCUCAGCCCCGCCAGCGUCUUCCUGGCGGCCGGGUACUCGGAAGCUUUGUUCGCUCUCCUGACCUUCAGUGCCAUGGGGCAGCUGGAGCGGGGCCGAGUCUGGACGAGUGGACUCCUCUUUGCCCUUGCUACCAGCGUGCGCUCCAACGGGCUGGUCAGCGUUGGCUUCCUUGUGCACUCUCAGUGCCAAGGCUGCUGCUCUGCUCUGGGGGUGCGGAGUCUGCCGAGACAGCUUUGUAAGCUGGGGGCCUCCGUGUUGCUGUCAGUGCUCACAGUCAGCCUUCCCUUCGCGCUCUUUCAGUAUUAUGCCUACCGCCAGUUCUGUCUGCCAGGCUCUGUCCUCCCCAUCCCUAAGCCCUUGGUGCAGCUGGCCACAGACAAGGGCUAUCGGAUUGCAGGGGGACAUGAGCCCCCGUGGUGUUCCUGGGACCUUCCCCUAGUGUACAGCUACAUCCAGGACGUCUACUGGAAUGUUGGCUUUUUGAGGUACUAUGAGCUCAAGCAGCUGCCCAAUUUUCUACUGGCUGCACCAGCGGCUUUCCUGGUUGCCUGGGCAGCUUGGACAUAUGUGACCACCCACCCUUGGCUCUGCCUUACACUUGGCCUUCGAAAGAUCACGAAUAGGGAGACCCUCGAGAAGCCGGACCCUGGAUUCCUCAGUCCUCGGGUGUUUGUGUACGUGGUGCACGCGUCAGUGCUGCUGCUGUUCGGAUGGCUGUGCAUGCACGUCCAGGUUCUCACCAGGUUUUUGGGCUCCUCCACUCCUAUCCUGUACUGGUUUCCAGCCCACUUGCUUCAGGAUCAAGAGCCACUGUUGAGAUCCCAGGAGACUGUGCUGUGGAAGCCUCCUGCGGGGGACUCCCCACCAGGACAGAUGGUCCCCAGAAAUUCUGUCGUGGGACUUCUGUACAACUGGAAAACCUGUUCUCCAGUCACACGCUACAUUCUGGGCUACUUCCUGGCUUACUGGCUCCUGGGACUACUCCUGCAUUGCAACUUCCUGCCUUGGACUUGACCUGGACCCUGAAGGGCCAUGCUGGAGGCUUAACCCAGAGACCUGAAAGCCUUACUGUACAUGGGGCCUGCCUGCGCUGCCGGCAGCUGUGACGGCCCCAGCCCUGCCACGCCCUGAUGCUGGGUAGGAAUUUGAGAAGUGGGAGUCACUCGAGAGCCCCUUCUGGUGCUGGUCAGGGCCGGCUUUAGAGGAGUGACCGUUUGGGCUCUACGUGAGGAGACCUUAUUUCAAGUUUGAAGCACACACCUGAAUCUGUCUUCAGCCAGCAUAGUGAAGACAGCGUUAAACCUAUUGCUGAUCCCUGAUAAAUUUAAAUGCAAACUUCAUCAAAGGCUCUGGCUUUUGCGUGGUACAGGCCUGAACAGUGGAGUGGCUGUAAUAACAUCUUUUCUAAAUGGACAUUGUUUCUGAUGAUUUUUUUCCCAUGAAUCAUGCAUUUAUUUAUAUGAAAAAAUUUUACAAAGACAAGCAAAUUAAACAACUUUUUAUUACA